GCGUUGACAGACGAAAUGGAACUGCCAGCGGAGGAAGUGCCCCUUCUCGAAAUAAGACCCACGGCUGAGCCAGUGGCAUCUGCUCCUGCGGAUUCAACAUCAGAUGAUCCUGCUCCCGCUGCCGCAGAAGUCAGCGCGUCCAAUGAUGUAGCCGCCGUGCAGGAUAUCGUACCAGCUCCUGCAUCCAUUUCGGAGGACUCUACAGCUGAGGUUGUUGCUGAUAAGCCCUUGGCUGAGACCAAUGGCAAGGCUCUGGUGGAGGCCAAGAAGUUGCCAGAAGUGUCACAGAAAAACGGCAAGGAACUGGAGAAGAAUGGCAAGGAACUACAGGAGGCUGACGAUGGAUUCAAGAACGUAUCCGAGGCUGAGGGUCAGCAGAAGAAACUGCCCUACCCCAAGUCCGUGUUCUUCAUCAUCAGUAACGAGUUCUGCGAGCGCUUCAACUACUACGGCAUGAGAACUGUUUUGGUCCUGUAUCUGAGUCGAGUUCUGGGCUAUUCCGAUGACACCGCCACCGUGGUCUUCCACAUCUUUACCAUGUUUGUUUACUUCCUGUGCGUGUUUGGUGCCAUUAUUUCGGACUCCUGGCUGGGCAAAUUCAAAACGAUCCUUUAUCUAUCAAUGGUGUAUAUAUGCGGAUCGAUCCUGCUGACUCUUGGUGCAAUUGGUCCGCUUAACCUGCCGGUGGAGACGUUUACGAUGCUGGGUUUGGCCCUUAUAGCCCUCGGAUCCGGUGGCAUUAAACCGUGUGUGUCGGCCUUCGGCGGCGAUCAGUUCAAGGUGCCAGAGCAGGUGAAGCAAAUCACCUCGUUCUUCUCGCUCUUCUACUUUUCGAUCAAUGCCGGUUCGCUGAUCUCCACCACUGUCACUCCGAUUCUGCGUGAGGAUGUCUCCUGCUUCGAUGACAUCAACUGCUAUCUGGCCUUUGGUGUACCCGCCGUCCUCAUGAUAAUCUCUGUGAUUAUCUUUGUGCUGGGCCGUUCGCUGUACAAGAUGAAGCCACCGGCUGGCAAUAUGGUUGUUUUGGUAAGCAGCACCAUCUGGACCGCUCUGACGACCAAGUGUAAGGAGAAGAAGACAAAUCCCCGCGAGCAUUGGCUGGACUAUGCCGAUGUCAAGUACGAUCGAAAGCUUAUCGACGAUGUCAAGGUGCUGAUGCGUGUCCUGUUCUUAUAUCUGCCGCUGCCCGUGUUCUGGGCACUGUUCGAUCAGCAGGGCUCCCGAUGGACCUUCCAGGCCACACGAAUGGACGGCGACAUGGGCUCCUGGGACAUUAAGCCCGAUCAGCUGCAAGUGCUGAAUCCUCUGCUUAUUCUGCUCUUCAUUCCCCUGUACGAUGUUGCCUUCUAUCCAGCCCUGCGUCUCGUUGGCAUUUCGCGGCCCCUGCAAAAGCUCACCAUGGGCGGCAUCCUGGCCGGCGUGGCCUUCAUCAUUUCCGGUGUGGUGGAGCUGAAUCUGGAGAAAACCUAUCCCGACCUGCCCUACAGCCACAAUGUCCAGUUGCGCAUCUUCAACACCGAGAACUGCCAGUACCAGCUAUCCGGGACCCUAAAUGGAGAACAGCUGCAACCCUUCCAGGUGCCGCCACUGAAUGUCUACACGGACAAGGAUCUGUAUGUGGAGAACACGGCGAGCCUGAUCUACACGCUGUCCAGCACUGAGGCGGGUUGUGCCGGCUACUCGGGCACCCAGGUCCUGACCCAGAAGACGGCCUGGUCACUGUUCCUUAAUCCGUUGAAUGCCACCAAGACGCAAUAUUGGGAGGAGGACUUUGUGGACAAGCCCAGUGAGAGCCAUCCGCUCAUCCGGAACGUGGCGAACAUUAAUCCCACGUUGAAGGUGGUGUGGCGUAGUGUCUCCAAGAACGAGGUGGCCUACGAUGAUUACGCCAACGAGACACUCCUCACGCGCGUCAACUCAGGCGAAUACGCUGUCUUCGUUGGUGACUCCAAUAUCGGAACCUUCAAUGUCCAUACCGGUGGCGUCUAUACGCUCCUCAUCGCUCCCAAUUCGGCCGGAACAUACACAACCAAUCUGGUGACGGUGACGGAACCCAACUCGAUGAAUAUUCUUUGGCUGAUACCGCAGUAUGUGAUCAUGACCCUGGGCGAGGUGAUGUUCUCGGUGACGGGACUAGAGUUCUCAUAUGCCCAGGCCCCGCCCAGCAUGAAGAGUGUGCUCCAGGCCUGCUGGCUGCUGACCGUUGCCUUUGGCAAUGUCAUUGUGGUCAUCAUUGCCGAGGCCGCUCUGUUCGAGUCGCAGGCCAGUGAGUUCUUCCUAUUUGCCGGCCUCAUGUUCGCCGACAUGCUGCUCUUCAUGGUCAUGGCCUACUACUAUGUGCCGAACAAUCCCAACAAGAGUGACGAAGAGAUUCAGCCGCUGACGGGCGGCGACGCCAAGGCCGAGAUUCCUCCACUUGAGGGCGGUGUCGAGAACAAGGGCAAGGACAUCAAGGAAAGCGAAUAGGGUCGCUUCGUAUUCAGUCUGAUCUAAUCCUGCUCGCUCAGGCGUUGUGUGUAUUAUAUGUAUUUGUAUUUGUAUUUGUAGAUGUGUAUAUGUGAAUCCUUAGUGGCUUCUGUCCAUUCCCAGGCUAAGUGUAAGUGAAGCCCUGACUUGGGGCGACGUUGUUGCAUAUGAAAAGACAUCCAAUUUAGUUAAACUAAUAAAAGAAAAACUAUUGAUAC